AUGGGUGAGGAGUUCGCUGACACAAUGAACCUAGAUUUGAAUCUUAGGCCCGGUCCUGAGUCAGAUCUGCGGCCGUCCCUAAACGAAACUGUGAAUCUGGCUGAUUGGAGUAAUGACCCAUCCGAGAGAUUCUCGGAAGCUGUGACGAGGAUCAUAACUCGGCAUAGGACGCGGUUCAGACAACUUAAUCUCCCCAUACCAAUUAUAUCUGAAACCCAUAUGUCUAUUGAACUGAACCAGUUGAUGGGAAGUCCUGUAACCGGAGCUGCUUUGCAGACUGGCGAGGGUAGUGAAAGAGGCAAUGAGGAUCUGAAAAUGUGUGAGAACGGAGAUGGAGCCAUUGGAGACGGUGUGUCAGAGAAGAAAACGGACGUGGAGAAAAGCAGUGGCAGCGAUGGUAACUUCUUCGAUUGUAAUAUAUGUUUGGAUUUGUCCAAAGAGCCGGUUCUCACCUGUUGUGGCCAUCUUUGA